AUGGUUGGGCGUAUAAUGUGGAAUGUGGGUGCGGGUCUGGUGCAUCGAGCGCUGAACAAAUCGCGCAUCCACCCAGGUAUGGGCAUCACGUAUCCGUCAGUUUGGCGAGCGCGACCUGGCUUCCUGGACUGCGACAUUAACCUGCAUCUGAACAAUGCGUCGUACCUCUCCAAUAUGGAGCUGGCGCGAUGGCACUUUUGCGCGGUGACCGGAAUUCUAGGCAACGUAGCUCGCCACCGCCGAGCGUUACAGGUAGCCUCGCAAGCCGUCCGCUUCCGACACCCGAUUCCACCAUUCCGACCGUACGAGAUUCAGUCGCAACUCGUGUUCGCUGACGUCGAGUGGAUGUAUUUCUUGCACAAAUUUCAAUGCCCCACCACGGGAAAAUUGUAUGCCGAGGGCCUGUGUCGCGCCAGUUGCAGGCAGGAUGAGGAGAAAGUGUCCGCAGCCAAGUUAUACGCCGAGGUUUUCCGAGGCGAUGUCGAGCUGAGCGAACUGCCUAAGGACAUGCCUGAAGUGGUCGCGCAACUGCUAAAAUGGGACUCCUCCCAACGCAUCACGCUGGAAGCGAAACCAGAGGCGGUACAGCGCCAGAACGAGACGGUCAUGCCGUCCGCCUUGGCGCUGACCUCGGGCGACAGCAAUCUGUUCAAGAAAUUGCUGGCACGUGCAACAUCCUCUUGGAAUUUGCCAGUGUAA